CCUAUUCCUGUACUUGCCUCCCCGGCCACCUCCCCCGUUUGGUUCCACUAUUCCAUACCAGCGCAGGACGGCGGGACGCGCGAGGCGGAGGCGGAGGCGGAAGGAAGCGGAGCGCGCUCGCGCUAGGGCGGAAGCCCCCGAGAUCGCGAGGUGGUGGAGGCGGAGAUGACGGCGCCGCGCGGUGGCGGGGAUGUGCCAUCGUCGACGGCGUCGGCCGCCGCCGCCGCCGCCGCCGCGAUGUCCGAGCCCAACACGCCGACGUCGGCGCACGCGUCGGGGCUCAACCGGCGGGGGUCGAGGGGCGCCGCCAUGGCCGCCUUCUCCAUGGAGGUCUUCGACAACGAGGUGGUGCCGUCCUCGCUCAGCAGCAUCGCCCCCAUCCUGCGCGUCGCCGCCGAGAUCGAGCCCGAGCGCCCCCGCGUCGCCUACCUCUGUCGGUUCUAUGCCUUCGAGAAGGCGCACAGGCUGGAUCAAAACUCUGUUGGUCGUGGCGUUCGGCAGUUCAAAACGUCCCUGCUUCAGCGCUUAGAGAAGGAUAAUAGCCCGAGUCUCGCAAAGCGAUUGAAGAAAACUGAUGCCCGCGAAAUUGAGAGUUUCUAUCAAGAAUACUAUGAGAACUAUGUCCGCACCCUCGACAAAGGGGAACAAGCCGACAGGACUCAACUUGGGAAGGCCUACCAAACGGCUGGAGUCCUCUUCGAGGUGCUCUGUGCCGUCAACAAGAAUGAGAAGGUUGAGCAAGUUAACCCCGAGAUUAUGCGCUGGCACACUGAGGUGCAAGAAAAGAAAGACAUCUACGCACCGUUCAAUAUUCUGCCUCUCGAUGCGGCCAGUGCAUCCCAGUCCAUCAUGCAGCUGGAGGAGAUAAAAGCAGCAGUCGCAGCUCUGCGGUACACACGGGGUUUGACCUGGCCUUCUGCAUUUGAGCCGGAAAGGCAGAAGGGGGGUGAGCUCGAUUUGCUCGAUUGGUUGAGAGCUAUGUUUGGCUUUCAGCGGGACAGUGUCAGGAAUCAACGGGAGCAUUUGAUUCUUCUCCUCGCUAAUGUGCACAUUAGACUUGAGCCAAAGCCUGAACCACUUAGCAAGCUAGAUGACCGAGCUGUUGAUGUAGUGAUGAACAAGUUGUUCAACAACUACAAGAAGUGGUGCAAAUUUUUGUCACGGAAACAUAGUUUGAGAAAUCCUCCAGGUGCUCAAUUACAGGAAGUUCAGCAACGCAGAAUUCUGUACCUAGGUCUUUAUCUUCUUAUCUGGGGCGAAUCAGCAAAUAUCCGGUUUAUGCCAGAGUGUCUUUGCUACAUUUUUCACAAUAUGGCAUAUGAGUUGCAUGGGUUGCUUGCUGGAAAUGUUAGUAUUGUGACUGGUGAAAAUAUCAGGCCAUCUUAUGGUGGGGAUGAGGAGGCUUUCUUAAAGAAAGUGGUCACACCUAUCUAUCGUGUCAUCAGAAAGGAGGCAGGAAAAAGCCAACAUGGAAAGACUGCACAUUCAGCCUGGUGUAAUUAUGAUGAUCUAAAUGAGUACUUCUGGACACCUGAUUGUUUCUCACUGGGAUGGCCAAUGCGAGAUGAUGGUGACUUCUUCAAAUCCGUGCACGAUUCAAGGCCUGUAGCAGUGGCUGGAAGCUCCUCACCAAAGGGUUCUAGUAAAGGCACAGGCAAGACAAAUUUUGUAGAGACAAGAUCGUUUUGGCACAUCUUUCGUAGUUUUGACCGAAUGUGGACCUUCUAUCUGUUGGCUCUACAGGCAAUGUUGAUUUUUGCUUGGAGCGAAUAUUCAGUGACUCAAAUCCUUCAGAAGGACCUCUUAUAUUCUCUAUCAAGCAUAUUUGUCACAGCAGCAUUUUUACAGUUCCUCCAAAGUAUUUUAGACUUUAUUCUGAACUUUCCUGGCCACAUUAGAUGCAAGUUCAUUGACGUCGUGAGAAAUAUUCUGAAGAUAGUAGUUAGUGCCGCGUGGGCUGUGAUUCUUCCCAUUUUCUACAUCAGCAGUCAAACAAAAGUCAAUUUACCACUGAAAAAUCUGGACAGAUGGUUUGGUUAUGUGAAAGGAGUGCCACAACUAUAUAUCCUGGCUGUGGCGGUGUACCUGAUACCUAAUAUGAUUAGUGCAACGCUCUUCCUGUUUCCGAUGUUUCGAAGGUGGAUAGAGAGCUCGGAUUGGUAUAUUGUUAGACUACUACUGUGGUGGUCUCAGAAACGAAUUUAUGUUGGCCGUGGAAUGCAUGAAAGUCAAGCUGCUCUUCUGAAGUACACAUUAUUUUGGAUUUUGCUGCUAUGUGCGAAGCUUUCCUUCAGUUACUUUGUCCAGAUACAACCUCUUAUAAGGCCUACCAAGGAUAUAAUGAGUGUUCAUAACAUUCGUUAUGAGUGGCAUGAGUUUUUUCCAAACGCAUCAUAUAAUAUCGCUGCUAUCCUAUCCCUCUGGGCCCCUGUUCUGUUGGUCUAUUUGAUGGAUACACAGAUAUGGUAUGCCAUUUUCUCUACAAUAUCCGGCGGUAUGUCUGGGGCACUUGGACGACUUGGGGAGAUUCGAACACUAGGAAUGCUGAGAUCACGAUUUCACUCUUUGCCUGGAGCCUUCAAUACAUAUUUGGUGCCAUCAGACAAAGGCAGAAACAGACGUUUUUCACUCGCAAAGCGCUUCGCAGAGGUUUCCCCCAACAAGAGAACUGAAGCUGCCAAGUUUGCUCAACUGUGGAAUGAAGUGAUUUGCAGUUUCCGCGACGAAGAUUUUAUAAGUGAUAAGGAGAUGGACCUAUUGGUGGUUCCAUACUCAUCAGACCCGAGCUUAAAAUUGAUGCAGUGGCCGUUGUUCUUGCUUGCUAGCAAGAUACCUAUAGCUUUAGACAUGGCAGCACAAUUUAGACCAAGAGACAGUGAUUUGUGGAAGCGUAUAUGUGCAGACGAGUAUAUGAAGUGCGCUGUAAUUGAAUGCUACGAGUCAUUCAAACUUGUUCUUAAUUUAGUGGUGGUUGGAGAAAAUGAAAAGAGGAUUAUUGGCAUUAUAAUCAAAGAGAUUGAAGCUAACAUCGCAAAGAAUACAUUCCUUGCCAAUUUUAGGAUGAGCGCAUUGCCAGUCCUUUGCAAGAAGUUUGUGGAGCUUGUAUCCACCUUGAAAGAAAGAGACGCCUCAAAAUUUGAUAAUGUAGUGCUAUUGCUUCAAGACAUGCUGGAAGUGAUCACGAGGGAUAUGAUGGUCAAUGAGAUCAAAGAACUGGCUGAAUUUGGUCAUGGGAACAAGGAUUUAGUUCCAAGAAGACAACUUUUUGCGGGCACAGGCACAAAACCUGCAAUUGUUUUCCCACCACCAAUUUCUGCGCAGUGGGAAGAACAAAUUAAGCGCUUGUACCUGCUUUUGACUGUUAAAGAAUCAGCAAUGGAUGUGCCUACAAAUCUUGAAGCCCGCCGGAGAAUAUCAUUUUUCACUAAUUCGCUAUUCAUGGAGAUGCCACGUGCGCCUAGAGUGCGCAAAAUGCUCUCUUUCAGUGUAAUGACACCAUACUACAGUGAGGAAACUGUAUAUUCAAGAAACGACCUUGAUCUGGAGAAUGAGGAUGGUGUAUCAAUUAUAUUCUACCCGAAGAUCUUUCCAGAUGAAUGGGAUAAUUUCAUGGAAAGGAUUGAUUGCAAAAGAGAAACUGAAGUUUGGGGAAAUGAAGAAAAUGUUCUUCAACUUCGUCAUUGGGCCUCUCUUAGAGGGCAGACACUCUGUCGAACAGUGAGAGGCAUGAUGUAUUACAGGAAAGCUUUGAAGCUUCAAGCAUUCCUAGACAUGGCUUCUGAAUCUGAGAUACUAGAAGGCUAUAAAGCCAUUGCAGAUCCCGCAGAGGAAGAGAAGAAAAGCCAAAGAUCUCUGUCUUCUCAGCUUGAAGCUAUAGCAGAUAUGAAAUUCACAUAUGUUGCUACGUGCCAGAUCUAUGGAAAUCAGAAACAGUCGGGUGAUCGACACGCAACAGAUAUACUGAACUUGAUGGUGAAUUAUCCUGGUCUCCGCGUGGCAUACAUUGAUGAAGUUGAAGAGAGGGAUGGUGAGAAGGUGCAAAAGGUCUUCUAUUCGGUGCUAGUAAAAGCUCUUGACAAUCACGAUCAGGAAAUAUACCGCAUAAAAUUGCCAGGGCCAGCGAAACUAGGUGAAGGGAAACCUGAAAACCAAAAUCACGCGAUCAUUUUUACCCGCGGAGAAGCUUUGCAAACCAUUGAUAUGAACCAGGACAAUUAUUUGGAGGAAGCUUUGAAAAUGCGGAAUUUGCUGGAAGAAUUCAAUGAGAACCAUGGUAUUCGUCCUCCAACAAUUCUUGGAGUACGUGAACACAUAUUCACCGGAAGUGUGUCAUCUCUUGCCUGGUUUAUGUCAAACCAGGAAACCAGCUUUGUCACAAUAGGACAGAGGGUUCUUGCCAAUCCAUUGAAGGUACGUUUUCACUAUGGACAUCCUGAUGUGUUUGAUAGGAUUUUUCACAUUACAAGAGGUGGAAUUAGCAAGGCUUCCUGUGGUAUAAACUUAAGUGAAGACAUUUUUGCUGGUUUCAACUCAACUCUGAGGCGAGGAAAUGUCACCCAUCACGAGUACAUUCAAGUCGGAAAAGGACGUGAUGUUGGGUUGAAUCAAAUUUCACUCUUUGAGGCCAAAGUGGCGUGUGGCAAUGGAGAACAAGUGCUUAGCAGAGAUAUCUACCGUUUGGGCCACCGCUUUGACUUCUUCCGAAUGCUCUCAUGUUACUUCACAACUGUGGGAUUUUAUGUCAGCUCAAUGAUGGUUGUCAUAAUAGUAUAUGUUUUCUUGUAUGGGAGGCUUUAUUUAGCCUUAAGUGGACUUGAGUUUGCGAUUAUGAAGCAAGCACGAAUGAGAGGCAACCGUGCUCUUGAGGCAGCCAUGGGGUCCCAAUCUAUUGUGCAGCUAGGUCUUUUGAUGGCCUUACCCAUGUUUAUGGAGAUCGGACUGGAAAGGGGUUUUAGAAGCGCCCUGGGGGAUUUCAUCAUCAUGCAGCUACAGCUAUGUGCAGUAUUCUUUACCUUUUCCCUCGGGACAAAAUCACAUUAUUUUGGCCGCACAAUCCUCCAUGGUGGUGCAAAAUAUAGAGCAACUGGCAGAGGCUUUGUUGUUCGCCAUGUAAAGUUCGCUGAAAAUUACAGAAUGUAUAGCAGGAGUCACUUUGUGAAAGGACUUGAGCUCAUGUUACUACUUGUAGUGUAUGAGCUCUAUGGUGAUGUGGCUACCGAUUCCACUGCCUAUGUUCUGCUGACAUCAUCUAUGUGGUUCUUGGUAAUCACAUGGUUGUUUGCUCCUUUCCUCUUCAACCCAUCCGGAUUUGAAUGGCAAAAGGUGGUGGAUGAUUGGGAUGAUUGGAACAAAUGGAUAAGCAGCCGUGGUGGGAUUGGUGUGCCGGCCAAUAAGGCCUGGGAGUCGUGGUGGGAAGAGGAGCAGGAACAUCUGCUGUCAACAGGCAUAAUCGGCCGCAUAUGGGAAAUCAUAUUAUCUCUCCGAUUCUUCAUGUUUCAGUAUGGUAUCAUGUACCAUCUGAAUAUCUCUAAUGGCAACAAAAGCAUAUCAAUUUAUGGUCUGUCUUGGCUGGUCACUGUAGCAGUGGUGUUAGUCCUCAAGGUGGUAUCUAUGGGAAGAAAGAAAUUUAGUGCUGACUUCCAGCUUAUGUUCCGGCUCCUCAAAUUGUUCUUGUUCAUUGGAUCUGUUGGAACUUUGGCGAUUCUUUUCACCCUUCUGCACCUUACAGUUGGUGACAUAUUCGCCAGCUUCCUUGCCUUUGCACCCACAGGAUGGGCCAUUCUGCAGAUAUCACAGGCAAGCAAGCCAGUGGUGAAGGCUUUUGGUCUGUGGGGAUCUGUGAAGGCCUUGUCCAGGGGGUACGAGUACCUUAUGGGGAUCGUGAUCUUCGUGCCAGUGGCGGUUCUGGCAUGGUUCCCUUUUGUCUCGGAGUUCCAGACGAGGCUGCUAUUCAACCAGGCAUUCUCCCGAGGCCUCCAAAUCUCUCGCAUUUUGGCUGGCGGAAAGAAGCAAAACUGAGGCGAGUCUAGGAGAUGGAGUUCCAUCACAGUAACCACACAGGGUAGACGGAGGCAGAAAUUAGCUGGAGGUUCGUUGUUGGAGGGGGGCAUCAUAUGGCUGCUAACAUACUGACACUUUCAGAAGUUUCUUAGUCUUGUACACACAGGGCGGUUUUUCUUAGGCAUUUUCCAUGUAUAUCUCAUGCUAAUACACUCUUACCUCUGAUACUAGAUUGUACGUGGCUUGUAUAGAUAGGUACGUGCCCCCACAACAGUUGCGACAAAACAUUACGGUGCUUUUAGAGGCAAAGAUGAAACAGAUUUUUGUGCAUGAAGCAACAAAACAGUUCGGUCUUUCUAGAUUGAGAGAUCAAAUUGAUUUUUGUGCAUGAAGAUGUUUGUG